AUGAACUCUGUUUGGGGCUGCUUGGCUGGCUGCUGCUUCGAGGGCAGCUUCAAGGCAUGCUUUCCCCCAAAGGGUGCUGACAGCAAACCCACGGGGCCACAGCGGCUGGCGCAUUACCUUGGCAUGAACAGGUUUCUGGCCACGGUGAUCAUGGAUGCCACCUGGGAUGGUGAAUUGGCAACCAAGAUGGUGCGUACCCCGAAGGACCACGGCAUGAGCUUCGAGGAUGUCCGAUUUCCUGCUCUUGAUGGAUGUCAGAUUGCGGCAUGGUAUAUCCCAGCUAAGGAUGCGUCCUCCAAGAAGCUGGCAAUUGUAGGCCACCAGUCUUGGGCCUGUGCCAACAAGUCUGGAUGUGUGUACCACGUUCGACAUGGCGCCGUCCCCGUCCAGCCUAUCGAUUACGUAAAGCUGCAGAGGGUCUUGUAUGAUGCCGGCUUCCAUGUCGUGGCCUAUGACCUGCGCAAUCAUGGAGAUUCGGAGAGGCGUCUGCCAGCAGGCUUUGGCGAGACGGAGUUCAUGGACUGCGCUGGGGUCAUGGACUGGGUGAAUGCACACACAGUCUUGAAGCAGUGCAAAGUUGCAUUGUUGCCCUUCUGCGUGUCUGGGGUCGCGUUCAUGAAGGCCAACUCCCUGUACCCUGACAAAUUCAAGAACGUUGCAGCCUGGGCCACAACCAAUAUUUUCCAUGGCCCAGUCAUGUUCGCUGACCGGCCUUUCUUCUUUGGACUUGGGAACGUGCAGCUGCUGAACGAGGCCCUUCAGGAGAACCAAGCAAAGCACGCCAAGACAAUCAAGUUCCCUGACAUCAACAUGAAAGUUGAGCGCAUGUCAGCCAAGAUGUAUGCCAAGGACGUGAAGGUGCCCGUGCUGUACUGUGACGCCCUUCACGACCCGCAGGACUACCACGAGCGUGGGGCGCCCGAGAUCUUUGAGGAGUUUGGCAAGGGCAUGGAUGAAGCAUCACGAAACCGCAACGAGCUUCAUUUCCUGGGACCAAGGCAGGAACCUCCCUUCAAGACCCAAGGCCGCAACAGGAGCGAAGGCUACAACUUCUACCAGUCUGAAGAGGGCAGCAAGGUCUUGCUUGGGUUCCUGAGCAAGUAUUGCCCGUGA